AUUGCACAAUCCAUCUUCCCUCGAGGCUCACCACAAGUCUCCCUCUCCCUCUAUCUCCCUCCCUCUCCCUCCCUCUCCGUGCCUUUAACGUUGACAGCAUCUCUCAUUUCUUCAGCGUCCGUAACAUUUACUGUACAGAACCUGACCUGACUUUUAAGAUAGUCAACCUGUUUUAUAGAGAUCAUCUUCGAAUUGAAUAGAAGAAUCCAGAAGAGAGAAAUGAAGGGAGGCUUGGUCGUGGAUGAUGGGUUUAUCUACGAAGAGGAGAAGCUUCUCACAGUGCUUAAAACUAGUCUGUUUUUCGCUAAUGAUGGCUUCACUGUCUAUGAUUGCAAAGGUGAGUUAGUGUUCCGAGUUGAAUCGUAUGGGCCUGACACUCGUGAUCAGGGCGAAAUCGUUCUCAUGGACGCCCAUGGACGCUGUCUUCUCACUGUCAGAAGAAAGAGGCCGAGCCUGCAUCAAAGGUGGGAAGGGUAUAUAGGUGAAGGAACGGACGGCAACAGACCGAUCUUUAGCGUGCGUAGAUCAUCCAUAAUCGGACGGUGUAGCGUGACGGUGGAAGUCUAUGGGAAACCAGGUGCGGAGUACCAGAUAGAAGGAUCCUUCGCGAACAGAUCAUGCACCAUAUUCAAUGCAGAGAAGGAAUCAAUGGCUGAGAUCAGACGCAAAGUAGAUGCCUCCACAAAUGUGCUGCUUGGCAAGGACGUCUUCUCCUUGUGCCUUAAGCCUGGUUUUGACGGGGCAUUUGCUAUGGGGCUGGUUUUGAUUCUUGAUCAGAUUACCGGAGAUGAUGCCGUUGACGGGCACCCCACCACCGAUGAUUAGAAAGUCUUUGUAAUCUCAUCUACUGUAUAACAAGUGGGCCCGUCUCUCUUCAUCAAGCAAUGUAGACCUUUUUUACUCUAAAGUUGAUAUCAUAUUAUAACAA